AUGGAACACCCAGUCCAAGAAAUCGCCUCCGUCAUCACCACCCUCACCACCGGCUCCCCCCAGGAGCAGCAGGACACGCUCGCCGAAUACUUCUCCCCCAAUGCCUCCUUCUCCCACCCCUUCUGCCACGUACCGUCCUUCGGCAAGGGCGCCGUCCCCCUAGCCCGCAACACCGACUCCCUCUGGGUCAUCCUGUGCAUCUACCGCUGGUACCGGACCCUGAGCCCCAACAUCGACAUCACCAUCGACUCAGCAGUGUUCGACCAGCGCACCAGCACGCUCUACGUCAACAUCCGCCAGACCUUUGCCGUCUGGUUCAUCCCCCUGUACUCGGCGCGCGUGCGCCUCCUCACCGUCCUGACCCUCGAGCGGCGCACCUCGUCCUCCGCCUCGGCCUCCCGCGCCGCCCUCUCCGGCCCCGGCCAGGAACGCGCCAAGUACUACAUCUCCGCCCAGGAGGACCUGUACCAGAUGAACGACUGCGUGCAGUUCCUGCUGCCCCGCGUCGGCCGCUGGCUCUGGCUGCUGUGGCAGCUCUUCAGCACCUCGCUGUGCGUGCUGGGCGCCCUCGCGUUUCUGCCCGUGUACUACCUCCUCAACGGGGGCAAGACGGCGAAAAAGGUGGCCUAG